UUCGGCUCGUGAGUCGGGUCAGUGUCCAUCAUCUGCAAGCCGAAAACCAAGAAAAGCUUCUCUUCAAUUAUUUUUGUUCCUCAACUCGCAGCCGUUUGAAGUAGAUCUUCAUCAGAUUCUGGAAAACCUCAAUUCGCCCAAUUCAAUUUCCAAUUUCUUCGAGAUCUUCGGUUGUUGUAUUUCUGGUGGUCAAGAGGAUAAGGAAAGCUUUGCAGGAUUCUCUCUUAGUUUCAAUAUAUUUUGAAGCUAAGACAUGGCAGAAAAAGCAUGUGUAAAGCGCCUUCAGAAGGAAUAUAGAGCACUUUGUAAAGAACCUGUUUCCCAUGUUGUGGCCCGCCCUUCUCCGAAUGAUAUCCUUGAGUGGCAUUAUGUUUUGGAGGGGAGUGAAGGAACACCAUUUGCAGGUGGAUUUUAUUAUGGGAAGAUCAAGUUUCCUCCAGAAUAUCCAUUUAAACCUCCAGGGAUCAGUAUGACUACUCCAAACGGAAGAUUCAUGACGCAAAAGAAAAUCUGCUUAUCUAUGAGUGACUUCCAUCCAGAGAGCUGGAAUCCAAUGUGGUCCGUGUCAAGCAUACUAACAGGGCUGCUCUCAUUUAUGAUGGACAAUAGUCCUACCACAGGCAGUGUCUCAACAACCGUUGCUGAGAAGGAGAAGCUUGCGAAGGCAUCCUUGGCUUUUAACUGUAAAAACCCAACCUUUAGGAAAUUGUUUCCCGAGUAUGUGGAGAAGUAUGAACAGCAGCAGCUCUCGUCGCAGCCAGUUCCAGAGCAGGUAUCAUCUAUGCCAGCUGGAGCAGAUAAGUCUAGACCCUUGUUGGAAGAGCAUGACAAUUCCCCAAAGGACGAAGUGAACAGAGUGAAGCCUCUAAAAGACGUCAAAAACCAACAGAGGAAAUCCGUUCCAACUUGGUUGUUGCUGUUGCUAGUUUCAAUUUUUGGUGUUGUAAUGGCCCUGCCUCUGCUUCAGCUUUGAUGACUGGAAUCUUGUUUUGUGCACUAUGGUGAAGAACGAACCACCCCAUAUCUCACAUGGAUACGUAGUAAUCCCCGCUGCUGGUUCCUGUUAUUUCACCUAAUAUUAUAGGUUUUUGAUUUACCUAGGGGGAAUGUAUAGGCAUUACUCUUGAGUGGAGAUCUAACUAAUCUCUUAAUCUAGCUAAUGGGCUUCUCUUUCCUAUUGUGCACGUCAGUGGAAAGAUUACAU